CGGCUUUUCUGAUUAACGUCUGUGUAUAAACCUACCUAGGCGGGUAGGUGUAUGAGAAUAUACGUAUUUUAGGGAGCGUAGUUACCUAAGCUAUCGGAAAGGCCGUUUGAUUGGCCAAUGGGGAUUCUGCACACAGUGUGUGGAGAGCACUGUAUGCUACAAAGGUACGCUCUUGUCUUGGUCCCAAUUCCGUUCCCGUUCCCAUCCAUCGUCCUGUCUUGCCCUCCCUUAGCAUCUCGACUGUUUUCCCCACUUACGCCUACCGCGCGCCCUGCCACCAUUGACGCGCCGACAACUGCCUCUGGUAAUUGGUACGGUCAUUCGUUCGGGUAUCGUCAGCUCUCGAUCGUUUUUUUUUCCCUAGUGUGCGGUUCCUGUUGAGACCCUCUGACAUCUGGUGGCCUAUCACGCAUCUUUACCCCUGCCAUUGUGUACCUGCCUAAUUUGAUGCGAUGGCCCCAUCCGCCGAGGAUGUCGAGAGGGACCUCCGCGAUGGAAUCCGCGCUAUCGUUGCUGAGCGCGGAUGGGACGACGUCACUGUGAAUAAUGUUCGUCAGCAUGUGGAAGAAAAGAGCGGGUUAGAGGAUGGCUUCUUCAAGCAGUCGGAGUGGGAAGCGCGGAGCAAGAAGAUCAUCAAGGAGUUCGUUGCCAAGUUACUAGCCGAGGAGAGUGACGGUCCAUCAUCCCCCCCCAAACCCAAGGGCAAGGCGGGAUCUAAGAACGGCGUCAAACGACAAUCGAGCGACGAGCCUCCCCCCGCGCCGAAGCGCCAGAAGAAAGUCCCCCGUGCCGCGCCGACCAAGAAAGCGAAGCCAAAGAAGGACGACUCCGAAUCGGAGCUAAGCGACCUCGAUGACCUAAGCGACUUUGAGGAGACUACCAAAAAGGCCACUACAAAUAAGGCUACGAAGAAGCAAGACUCCGAUUCCGAGCUAAGCGAUCUUGACCUCUCAGACGAUGAACCCAAGAAGACCAAGCGUCAGAAGUCGGCACCACGUCAAAAGCCUACCAAAGAAGCGUCCGAGUCCGAGCUGAGCGACUUGGCCGAUUCCGAGGAGGAGCCCCAGCAAAAGGGGAAGAAGAAGAAGACCUCGAAGCAACCCACCAAGAAGGCCGCACCUCGCCGCAAGUCUAAGAAGGGGGCUAGACGAGACGCGAGCGACUCGGAGGGCCCCCCCGCAGGCCCGAAGCGCAAACGUGCGACGCCAGCCAAAAAGCAGAAUGCAAAGCGUGCCACUGUAGAAUCCGACAACGAGGACGAAGUGGUCGAGAAGAAGGAUACCGCGAAGGAUAAACCCGAGUCGGGCAUUGAAGUCGGGACCAAGGAUGAAACUAACGAGGACACACAAGCUAAGAAGCCCGAUACGACAAAGGCCGAGACAGAGGAGGAGCCAGCCAAGCUGAAGAAGGCGGCCGAGGCAGAUGCAAAACCCGCAGAGCCCGACGACUCGGGGUCGGAGUUGUCAUCGGUUAUAGAUGACCCGCCUCCCAAGAAACGCAAAUCUAAAGAGCCGAAGGGAGCACCCAAGGCGAAACCUGCCAAGGAGAUACCGGGAGACGAGGCGGAGAUCAAGAAGCUGCAAGGGCAACUGGUUAAGUGCGGGGUCCGUAAGAUAUGGGGGUUUGAGCUAAAGAAGUACGGCGAUGAUGGCAGAGCCAAGAUUCGUCAUCUAAAGGGCAUGCUUCGAGAUGUCGGCAUAGAGGGUCGAUUCUCUGAAGCAAAAGCGCGGGAGAUCAAGGAGCGGAGGGAGUUAAUGGCCGACCUCGAGGCCGUCACCGAGAUGAAUCGUGCCUGGGGGAGCGAAGGCCGCGGCGGCCGUGCUUCCAGGAGCAAGACGAUCAAGAAGUCUCCGAAGGCGGAGACUGAUGAGGAGGCUAGAGAGGGUGAGGAUGAAGAAGACACUACCAAGGCUAACCCGCGCGUGUCGAAGCGCAUGGCUGACCUAGCCUUCCUCGGGACCGAUAGCGAGUCCGAUUAAUUGGGGAUUUAGGUGUUCUAUGGACGAAUUUGACGACGGAGCAGGGUCUACUUGCCGGCAUUCAUCCUCUGAGCUAUGAGACUGAAGACGGCAACGGAGCCCAUGAACAAUACGGCGUUGUAAAACUAGGCACGCGUUAGCUAGGAAUCGCCGUUGCGAUACCUCUUAAUAAUUGGACUUACUGCCCUUCGCGAAACCUCUCUCUCCUCGUCGUCCGACCUUGCCUCUAUGAAGAGCCGGCGCAGGUUCGGGAGGGUAGCCUGGAAGGCUGCAUCAGCGUGCCAUCUUCGUCUGGGGCUCGUACAGCCUCAUAUGGCGCCCACUUACCAUGACGUCGAUGUAGGGGGUUAACGUAUGGAGUGAAAGGCCGGGGACGCCAAUUGCGAGGUGUGAAGUCGGCGGUGCGAGCCCUUCAGAGACGGAUCACCAUCUGCGUAGAAGGAUAUACCUAUACCUACGUAUCUUUGCGUGGUCCUCUUAGAUCCGUCCGCACCUCGCCAGCUUCAGUACAUAACUACACAACACAGCCAAAAGUGGUAGGCAAGAGUGACGGAGGGAGGGAGGGAGGUACUUGUGGCUUCUCUUUAUCCUAAUGGGGAUGGUUAGGU